AUGGCCGUAAUAUGCAUUAGCCAGGAAUCUGAUGUAGGACUGCUCAAUAAUUUGGCAAACACCUUUAAUCACAUGCGACAGGAACGAAUCAUUUUGUGGAUGCAAGUGAAAGCCACUAAAGAAUUAAUGGAAAAGGUUUGCACGAUGGCGGAGAAAUACCUAUUUGACCGAAUGCUUGUCCUGGAAACUGUCAGAUUAGGAAAUGCAUCGGUGAAGAUCUAUCGCCUUAUGCCGUAUCCAAGACCUCGUUUCGUUCUAGUUGAUGAUCCCUCCAAGGUUGGCGAUAGUUUUCACGUCCAACGCUUGAACUUUUAUGGAAAGGAGGCUAUUGUGCUGCGGAAAAAGAACUCUAUUCUUCAAUAUAACAUUAGCUAUGGACCAAAGAGAAGUUUAGCCAUAAACACUGAUGAAGAUAGACCGAUUGUGGAGUUUUCGCUAAGAAGGAACUUGAGUCUAAAAUUUUACCAGGGCAAUACUCUUGGUCAUGCGAUAGGCCAUUUUGAUCUGCAACUGAGUCCGCGGCUGAUUACCAUAAGAGACAUCGCAGAGAGUGCUAAUCCCUUCACAAUUGUGUCUCUAAUUCUUCCUGAAUCCACUUGUGAAUCUACGGGCUUCGCCGCCAUCCUGGGCAUGUCCUUUCCGCUUUGUCGCAGGUGGAGCUUCUCGCUUCAACAGCUCUUCCUGGUCCUGAGCAUCUUCGGAUUCGUGUUUAGCAACUUCUUCGCCUGCAAGCUGAGUGCAUUGCUAACGAGGCACACCCGGUACGCUCAGAUUCAAAACUUGGAGCAAUUACGACUUAGUGGGAUGCCAGUCGUGAUCGAUAAGGAUCUUAAGAAUUAUAUAAAGGAGGACAUUGAUCGCUAUUUCCUGAAGACUAUUAUACCCAAAACCAUUAGCUUGGACGCAAGAGAACAAUUCAAAUUGCUUCUGUCCCUAAACGACAGUUACGCUUAUAUUGUCUUCAAAGACAUCUCUUUCAUGCUUGACAAAUAUCAGAAGUCCUUGGGUCGGAAGGUACUUUGCGACGCCGGAAAUCUGACCAUUCUCUCGAACUUGCCGAAAAUGUUUUUCUUGCCACCAAACUCCUUGUAUAAGUGGCCACUUCGAAAAUUUUCCACUGGAUCUAUGAAAGCGGUAUUCAUCUGCGCUGGAAUAGAGACAUGA